AAUCAUAUUCCUACGCACAAGAAUUCAAAAAACUGAUCAUGAGGUUCAUGACUACAUUACUACACGUUGCUAACAUGAAAUCAAAACCAUAAAAGAAUCCACCAACCUCGGUCAAAUCUCCCAUUAUAAUCCUUCUCCUUCGUCUUCACUGUUUAUCAUUUUCCUCUGCAGCAACUUCUCGUUGCUUCUUUAUAACAAACAAAAAGUUUCAAGAAAUAGAUUUAAUGAAAUUACUUUGUGUUCUUUCACUUCUAGUUUCUUCAAUCUUUGUCUGCAUGAGCCUUUGCUCCUCGCUCAAUUCCGACGGUUUAUCUUUACUAGCUCUCAAAUCCGCCGUCGAUAACGACCCGACCCGAGUAAUGACCCACUGGUCUGAAUCCGACCCGACUCCUUGCCGUUGGUCCGGGAUCGUCUGCACAAACGGCCGAGUCACCUCACUAGUACUCUUGGGGAAAAGUCUCUCCGGUUACAUUCCAUCAGAACUCGGUUUACUCGACUCGCUGAACCGGCUCGAUCUAGCUCACAACAAUUUCUCCAAAACCGUACCGGUUCGUCUUUUCCAAGCAACCAAGCUCCGGUACAUCGAUCUCUCUCAUAACUCACUCUCCGGUCCAAUCCCGGUCCAAAUCAAGUCCAUGACAUCUCUCAACCACCUCGAUUUCUCCUCUAACCAUCUCAACGGUUCACUCCCUGAGUCACUCGCUGAACUCGGAAGCCUCGCCGGAACUCUAAACCUUUCGUAUAACCGAUUCACCGGCGAGAUUCCACCGUCGUACGGUCGAUUUCCAGUUCACGUCAGCUUAGAUUUCAGUCACAACAAUCUAACCGGAAAAGUACCUCAGGUGGGAUCUCUGUUGAAUCAAGGACCAAUCGCGUUCGCCGGAAACUCUCAUCUCUGCGGCUUACCAUUGCAAACGCCGUGCGAAGAAAUCAAAACCCCUAGUUUCGUCACUUCGAAGCCGGAACUCCAGAAACCAAACCCUAGCGUAAUCAGCAACGACGACGCAAAGGAGGAGAAGAAGCAGCAGAUCACCGGAUCAGUGACGGUCUCUCUGAUUUCUGGCGUUUCGAUUGUAAUCGGAGCUGUUUCUAUCUCCGUAUGGCUAAUCCGGAAAAAACGAAGCUCCUCCGACGGGUACAAAACAGAGACAAAGACGACGACGACGACGGUGGUCUCGGAGUUCGACGAGGAAGGGCAAGAAGGUAAAUUCGUAGCGUUUGACGAAGGAUUCGAGCUCGAGCUUGAGGAUUUGCUGAGAGCAUCCGCUUACGUCAUAGGCAAGAGCAGAAGCGGGAUUGUGUACAGAGUAGUGGCGGCUGAAUCGUCCUCCACUGUUGUCGCCGUUAGAAGACUCAGCGACGGCAACGCCACGUGGCGGUUUAAGGACUUUGUGAAUGAAGCUGAGACCAUUGGUAGGAUCAAUCACCCUAACAUCGUAAGGCUUAGAGCUUACUACUAUGCAGAGGACGAGAAGCUUCUCAUCACUGAUUUCAUCAGCAAUGGCAGCUUGUACUCUGCCUUACAUGGUGGACCUUCAAAUACUCGGCCUCCACUCUCUUGGGCCGAGAGGUUACGUAUAGCACAAGGCACUUCUCGGGGUUUGAUGUAUAUACAUGAAUACAGUUCGAGAAAGUAUGUACACGGCAACCUUAAAUCAAACAAAAUCCUGUUAGAUAAUGAGAACCACCCUCACAUCUCAGGUUUUGGUCUCUCACGUCUGGUUUCGGGUUAUCCCAAACUCAUUGAUGAUUCACUAUCAUCAACCAGAACGCAAAGCAUUGACCAAGGAUUUUCCGCAAGACUCUCGCUCUCAGCUCAUGCAGCUGCUUACCUUGCACCCGAAGCCCGAGUUUCUUCUGGUUGCAAAUCAUCUCAGAAAAGCGAUGUUUAUUCAUUUGGUGUGAUUCUAUUGGAGUUGUUGACUGGUCGGUUACCUAAUGGUUCCUCUGAAAACGAAGGAGAAGAACUCGUGAAUGUUUUGAGGAAGUGGCACAAGGAAGAAAGGUUGUUGGCUGAGAUCUUAGACCCGAAGCUUCUACGACAGCGUUUUGAAGAUAAACAGGUUAUUGCAACCAUUCAUGUCGCUUUAAAUUGCACGGAAAUGAACCCGGAGAUGCGCCCUAGGAUGAGAUCUGUGUCUGAGAGUCUAGGUAGAAUCAAAUCGGACUAAACCUUUUUCUGAAAGAGUCCGGGAAGUGGUAUUAAUUGUGUAUGUUAAUUAAUCUCAGGCAAAGUGGAGUUUUAGUAGUUUAUAUGGUGAGUUUAACUGAAGGGUUUAUGGUUAAUUUCCGUAUCAAGUGGCUGUGUGUAUCUGUUUAUUAUCACAUAUUAUUCCUUGUAUUUUAAGGAAGAGCGUUUGGUUGUGUC